CUGUAAAUCUAAAAUCAUCGGAGCCCCGAAAACCCACCGGCAUUCAGAAGGUUUCCCCAAUCUCGCCGCCUCUCCACCACUUCCUCGGCGUUCCGGAGGUCACUCGCACUGAUGCCGUCAAGAAGAUAUGGGACUACAUCAGACUCCACAACCUUCAGAACCCCACAAAUAAGAAGGAAAUAUAUUGCGAUGACAAGCUGAAGACAAUAUUUGAAGGGAAGGACAAAGUGGGGUUUCUAGAGAUUGGGGGGUUGCUAUCGUCCCAUUUUGUAAAAACUAGCGGACUGCCGAUCAAGAAGACAUCAAUUUAAUGUUAGUUCAACAUCUUGUAAAAAGUAGGUAGGAAGAAAGCAAAAAGACUACUUCUUGUAAUAUUAGUCCAAGAUUGAUGGUCCCUUCUAUGCAAGAUGUUUUCAAAUUGGUUUUAAAAUGUUCUUAUUUUGUAAGAAAAUAGUUCCAAGCUGUGUGGUUUUUAUUCUCAUUAAAGCAGUGGAUGUCUGUUUUGUUUUGGUGUUGAAUUUUUAGCACAUCCGAAUCGUAUUGAAUUUGGUUGAAUUUCUUUUCUCA